AUGUUCAGCGGUUAGCGGGUCUCGAGCCAAGUCACAUGAGGCGCGCGCACAAACGGUUGUAUAUUAGUAUUUAAAUAUAUAUAUAUUAUUUUCUGCGAUUUAAUUGUAAUAAUAAAACACACACAUCUCGGACAUGGCGGAAGAGCAGAGUGUUGACUGUCUGCUUGUUUCUCUGAAUAAAGCUACAGAUCCUAUGAACCAGUCAGAGAGAUGGGACUGCAUUCAGGAGUUCUACCAACAUGUUAAUGCACAUCCUGAUGGUCCCCAGAUUGCAACACGGCUCUUGGCUCAUAAGAUCCAGUCUCCUCAGGAGAAGGAAGCUCUUCAGGCUCUCACUUUAUUAGAGGUGUGUAUGAAUAAUUGUGGGAAACGUUUUCACACUGAAGUAGUGAAGUUCAGGUUCCUGAAUGAACUCAUUAAAGUUCUCUCUCCAAAGUAUCUGGGUGUGUUGAGCCCAGAGCAGGUGAAACAGAGGGUGAUUGAGGCUAUGUACAGCUGGACUCAGUGGUUAAAGGAUGAGCCGAAGGUUCAGGAAGCAUACAUCAUGUUAAAGAAACAAGGAAUAGUGAAGAAAGACCCAAACCUUCCUGACACUGUGGGAAUACCUCCUCCUUCUCCACGACAGGGAGUGUCUGUGUUUGAUAACGAAGACAAAUCAAAGCUGUUGUCACGGUUACUGAAGAGCAGAAGUCCUGAAGACCUGCAGAUGGCUAACGCACUGAUAAAGAGCACACUGCAAGAGGAGCAGGAGAAGAUGGAGAAAGAGAGCAGGCGUGUUAGGACCCUUCAGGAAGUGGAGAAGUGCACAUCUCAACUUAAACAACUCCUGAACGAACAACAACAGCACACUCAGGAAAUGCAGGAUCUAUAUGAGCACUGUGACAGGCUGAGGUCAAACCUUUUCCGAUUUGCCAGUGACACUGUGGACAACGAUGAGGCUUUAGCUGAGAUCCUGCGCAGGAAUGAUGAGCUCACCCAUGUGAUGGUUCUGUACAGAAAGAAAACACAGAGACCCCAAACUGAGACAGAUUCGCAGGUGAGUCCUGUGAAGUCGUAUCACCUGAUUGAUUUCUCAGCGUUGGGACAUGACAGCCACGGGGACCAAGCUGAGCUGAGCACAAGUGUACUGCAGGAUGAAGAAAAGCAGAAAAUACAUGGUGCAGAUUCCAGCAGAAACACAAUCAAUGUGAAAUCCUACCUUGAUGAACUGUUACAGGUUUUUUUUUUGGAGGACACGGUAAGCGUUGCCAGGGAGACGAGUCAAAAGGAGACAUCUUACAGGAAUGAAGACUGCAUUACCCACAAUGCAUCAGUAUUAGCAGCAGUGGAUCCAGAACUAAGGUCCAGAUCAGCUUCCAGUGACAAUCAGCCAACUGCAUCAGCUGGUCUUCCUAAACCCCACCAUGCUUCAUCCCUCGCUGACAUCUCUGUCUCUCUGGACUCUAUUAAGCCCAGUCACAUUAAACCUAUAACAGUGUUUAAUCAUCAUGGACUUCAUGUCUCUCUACACUUCACUAAAGAAGUUCUUCCGUCUCACCCUGAUGUUGCCGUCAUCAUCGUCUCUGCGGUUAACACCUCACCACUUCCUGUUUAUGACUUCCUCUUCCUGGCUGCUGUCCCCAAAAAUAUGUGUGUGAGGCUGCAGGCAGCUACAGGAGGAACAUUGUCUCCAUACAGCCCUCUGAUGCCCCCUGCUGCCCUCUCUCAGAUACUGCUACUCUACAACCCACUCAGAGUAUGUCACAAUGAUCUCUAGUGAUUCUGGGGUCAGAAAGAAGCCGGUGCGUCUGCGGUUCAGAGUGACUCUAACUCUCGGACAGGAGCAGCUGCAGCAGGAUGGAGAAAUUGAUCAGUUCCCUCAGUGGAACUCUUGGAUUCACCUUUGACCUCAAACCUCUGGACACAUUUUAUUUGUAUAGUGUUUUUAACCGUGGAUAUUUCACACAGCAUCUUUAUAAAUCAUAAUAAACACAAAGUGGGAUUAUAAAUCAUUAUAAACACUGAGAGUGGGAUUAUAAAUCAUUAUAAACACUGAGAGUGGGAUUAUAAAUCAUUAUAAACACAGAGUGGGAUUAUAAAUCAUUAUAAACACUGAGUGUGGGGUUAUAAAUCAUUAUAAACACUGAGUGUGGGAUUAUAAAUCAUUAUAAACACUGACAGUGGGAUUAUAAAUCAUUAUAAACACUGACAGUGGGAUUAUAAAUCAUUAUAAACACACAGUGGGAUUAUAAAUCAUUAUAAACACUAAAGAGUGGGAUUAUAAAUCAUUAUAAACACAGAGAGUGGGAUUAUAAAUCAUUAUAAACACUGACAGUGGGAUUAUAAAUCAUUAUAAACACUGACAGUGGGAUUAUAAAUCAUUAUAAACACUGACAGUGGGAUUAUAAAUCAUUAUAAACACAGAGUGGGAUUAUAAAUCAUUAUAAACACUAAGAGUGGGUUUAUAAAUCAUUAUAAAUACUGAGUGGGAUUAUAAAUCAUAAACACUGAGUGGGAUUAUAAAUCAUAAAAACUAAGAGUGGGAUUAUAAAUCAUUAUAAACACUGACAGUGGGAUUAUAAAUCAUUGACAGUGGGAUUAUAAAUCAUUAUAAACACUGACAGUGGGAUUAUAAAUCAUUAUAAACACAGAGUGGGAUUAUAAAUCAUUAUAAACACUAAGAGUGGGUUUAUAAAUCAUUAUAAAUACUGAGUGGGAUUAUAAAUCAUUAUAAACACUAAGAGUGGGUUUAUAAAUCAUUAUAAAUACUGAGUGGGAUUAUAAAUCAUUAUAAACACUGAGUGGGAUUAUAAAUCAUAAAAACUAAGAGUGGGAUUAUAAAUCAUUAUAAACACUGACAGUGGGAUUAUAAAUCAUUAUAAAAACUAAGAGUGGGAUUAUAAAUCAUUAUAAAAACUAAGAGUGGGAUUAUAAAUCAUUAUAAACACUGAGAGUGAGAUUAUAAAUCAUUAUAAACACUGAGAGUGGGAUUAUAAAUCAUUAUAAACACUGACAGUGGGAUUAUAAAUCAUUAUAAAAACUAAGAGUGGGAUUAUAAAUCAUUAUAAACACUGAGAGUGGGAUUAUAAAUCAUUAUAAACACUGACAGUGGAAUUAUAAAUCAUGAUAAACACUGAGAGUGGGAUUAUAAAUCAUUAUAAACACUGGGAUUAUAAAUCAUAAACAUUGAGAGUUGGAUUAUAAAUCAUAAACACAAAGUGGGAUUAUAAAUCAUAAACAUUGAGAGUUGGAUUAUAAAUCAUAAACAGAGUGGGAUUAUAAAUCAUUAUAAAAACUAAGAGUGGGAUUAUAAAUCAUUAUAAACACUGACAGUGGGAUUAUAAAUCAUUAUAAACACUGACAGUGGGAUUAUAAAUCAUUAUAAACACUGACAGUGGGAUUAUAAAUCAUUAUAAACACUGAGAGUGGGAUUAUAAAUCAUUAUAAACACUGAGUGGGAUUAUAAAUCAUAAACAUUGAGAGUUGGAUUAUAAAUCAUAAACACGGAGUGGGAUUAUAAAUCAUAAACAUUGAGAGUUGGAUUAUAAAUCAUAAACACAGAGUGGGAUUAUAAAUCAUUAUAAACACUGAGGGUGGGAUUAUAAAUCAUUAUAGACACUGACAGUGGGAUUAUAAAUCCUAAACACUGAGAUUGGGAUUAUAAAUCAUUAUAAACACUGACAGUGGGAUUAUAAAUCAUUAUAAACACAGAGUGGGAUUAUAAAUCAUUAUAAACACUGACAGUGGGAUUAUAAAUCAUUAUAAACACUGACAGUGGGAUUAUAAAUCAUUAUAAACACUGACAGUGGGAUUAUAAAUCAUUAUAAACACUGACAGUGGGAUUAUAAAUCAUUAUAAAUGCUGAAAGUGUUUAAGUGAUACUAAGAGAUAAGAGAGUAAGCGAUAAGUUAUUUGAGUCAUUGCCGAGACGUAUGGAUGCAGUCCUCCAAGCUCUUGGGAGUCAAACACAAUAUUAUUUUUUUCCACUGCACCAUGACUUUAUGUUCUAUACUGUACAUUAUAAAAUCUUCUGUUAGUCUUUUGUCUAAGCAAAGUCUGACCUUUCUGUCCUAAUUAAAUAAUUAAAAAACAA